UAUUAAAUCUAUAACGUAAUGUUUUUUACUUUUUUUACUGAAACAUUACCAGAUACACUGUGAGAUUUGUAAAAUAAUAUUUCUGUUAUACUCCUACGCAAAAGGGGGAUAUCUACUUUCAACAAAGGAACAUUUUUUCAAAGUAUUUUUUCUGUUACGAGAUCUGUUAUAUAAAUGGAAGAUUUCGGCGUAAUUUUUCUCGUUUCAUCUUUAAAACUGAAAAAAAAGUUGGUAAGAAAAAUAUUUUAUCAAAUAAGUUUGAAGAUUAUACUUUCAAAAUAACAAGAUUUAGUGGGGAAUCUGAAAACGGCAUAUGGACCACAUGGGGAGAGAUGAGAUCCAAAAAUAAAUAUAGUUCAAAUCUGCUCACGAUUUCGUUCGGAUCGUAAGAACUCAAUUUCGAGUCACUGAAAUUAUUGCAAGUGUAUUGAAUCUACGAAAUCUGAAGUAUCCAGAAAUUUUGUAAGUUUUAGGUUACCAGACAUCAAGAAUAAAAAUGAAAAAAUUGGUCUGCUUAAGCCUAUUUCUAUAUUUCUCCAGUGUGGUAAAAUGUAUUUUGGUUGAAGAUAUAGAAAAAAGCCUCUGCAAUGAUGAAAAUAGCCUGAACUCUGCAAGGAGAAAGAUAGAGUAUCAUGAAUACUAUGCAGACAGUCCAAACAUUACGUGUAAAAUUCUAAAGGAUGGUGCCCUUGAAGGAUGGAAGCUUCCUUUAUUUGAUAGGCAUCCUAACUUGAUUUAUUUAAACUAUGCAAACAAUAAGAUUCGUGAGGAAAGUUUGCUAUUUAGCAGCAACAAUCCAAAUUUGAAGGUAGCGGUUUUGGAUAAUGCGUAUGAUAUCCCUUUGGGCAAGUUUUCUGUGCCUAGCGAAUAUCCUAGUCUUGAAACCCUAUUCUUAAGGAAGAACGGUAUCAGGCAAUUUGUAUUUACGUUUAAAUAUAAACAAUAUAUUGACUUCCCUGACUUAAAAAAUUUAUAUUUGAAUGAUAAUGAAAUUAAGUUUGUGGGUUUCGAAGAAGAUUUGAUAGACUGUUACAAACGUGGCAACUUAGAUUGUGAAAGUGAUUUUGGUUGUUUACAUGACUCGCUCAAUUUUCUCAAUAUUGAUAACAAUAAGCUAAAAAACUUAACUUUGAUAAAUAAAAAUGGACUUGAACAAGUAUCAGCAAAUAAAAAUCCACUUGAAACGUUGAUAUUGAAAAAUCUAACCAACCUUUAUCGCAUAUUCUUGAAUGAAGUAUCUCUUACUCAAAUAUCAUUGCAAAAUUUGAAAAAUCUGAAGCAAUUUGUACUUCGUGAUAAUAAAUUGGAUCGAAUUUCCAGCUCCGAUAUUUAUGAUUUGCCGGAACUUAGAAUAUUAAGUUUAGCAAACAAUAGUAUCAUAUAUUUUGAUGGAAAAAUUCUGGACUCUAUGUUAAAACUCUGGACUUUAGAUUUAACUCGAAACUUUCUCACACAAGUUCCUGCAAUAAAAAAUGCACCCGGCUUAAAUAUCUUGAUACUAGAGAAAAAUCAAAUAGAAAGUUUGGUGCCAGAAGACUUCAAGGCGAUGAAGGAAUUAUUGCAUCUCAAUUUGCAUGGUAAUAAAAUUAAGGAAAUCAAGCCUAAUAGCUUCAAUAAUAUGGAGAAGUUGAAAUACCUUGGCCUUAAAAAUAACCAAUUAAAAAGUAUACCAGCUGAUUGGCUUCUACCUCUAAAGAACCUAAAUGUUGCUGACUUGUUUGAUAAUUUAUUUACGAACUUUGAAGCACUUUCACUGAAUGAAACUGUAUAUCUAAGAAAAGUGCAAGUGAAUUAUAAUUUAAAAAUUAAUGAUCCUUUUAAAUGGAUUUUAUUUGGAAAGGACGUAGUUUAGACAUAGUAUAAUGUAAUUCGUAUUAC